GCCCCUGCCCGCCACGCCCUGGCCGUCCGUUCGACUGGUGGCUGGCGGCUCCGCCGGGCCCUCCCCUGCCCACCGCUGCCGCCGCUGCCUGCUGCCUCCUCCUCCCGGUUCCUGUCCCCGGCGGCCCGUGGCUCAGCAGCAGGUGAGCAGCUCAAGAAGGUGCUGAUGCUGGAGCCAGAAGGGCUGUGGCAGGGAGCUGGUGGAGGGCUUCCGCAUCACCCUGGUGGACGAGGCCGACCUCUACAACUGGGAGGUGGCCAUCUUCGGGCCCCCCAACACGCUCUCUACGAGGGCGGCUACUUCAAGGCUCAUAUUAAAUUUCCUAUGGACUACCCAUAUUCACCGCCUACCUUCAGGUUCCUGACCAAAAUGUGGCAUCCCAACAUUUAUGAGAAUGGAGAUGUAUGUAUUUCAAUCCUUCACCCACCCGUAGAUGACCCCCAGAGCGGAGAGCUGCCGUCUGAAAGGUGGAACCCAACCCAGAAUGUCAGGACGAUCUUGCUGAGCGUCAUCUCCUUGCUUAACGAACCCAACACCUUUUCUCCGGCGAACGUGGACGCUUCGGUCAUGUUCCGGAAAUGGAGGGACAGCAAAGGGAAAGACAAAGAAUACGCGGAGAUCAUUCGGAAACAAGUCCAGGCAACCAAGGCGGAAGCAGAAAAGGAUGGUGUGAAAGUUCCCACCACGCUGGCAGAGUAUUGCAUCAAAACUAAAGUGCCUUCCAGUGACAACAGCUCAGAUUUGCUUUACGACGACUUGUACGACGACGACAUCGAUGACGAAGACGAGGAAGAGGAGGAGGACGCCGAUUGUUACGACGACGAUGAUUCCGGCAACGAGGAGUCGUGACCUGCUGCCUCCGGCCCCUGUACUUACUGCCCCGCCUCUUUGGCCCGCGGGGAGCAGCAGUAACUUAGAGACAGUUCAGCAAAAAAAAAUAUCUAUAUAUAUACAUGGGGAGUGGGGAAAAAUACCAACCAAACCUGCGCCUCCUGCUUUUCUCCUGUGUUAACGGAUCUCGGUCCUUUCUUCUUCCUUAUGGCCGCCCCUUGCCCUCCCCGUUUGGACCUUUCAGCGAGAGAUCCCUCCACCGAAUGUCUUGAUUCUUGCAUCCUCCUCCCCCCCCCCCCAUCCCAUCACUGCAUUCUGAUUUUUCUUUUUUUUUCUGAACAAGCGACAGAUUCUCCCCCUCCCCCCUGCCCCCCUUUCCCCUCUCCUCCCCAGGAGCAUUCACAACCCAUCCAGGUUUGCUCUGUGUUUAGGUUCAUGAAUUAAACACAGUCUUGCAUCAAGAUGCUUAAUGUAUUUAGCGCCGGAGACUGUGGGGGGGUCGCUCCCCACGAGCUGCGUUUCAGGCGGGCAGGAGCGGAAGCAGGCAGGCUGCAGAGCCCGUUCAGAGGCCGAGCCGCUCCGUCGCCCGCGCCCGCCAGUGCUCCCGGUCUGCCUGGCGGCAGAGAUCCUUUUCUUUUUUCGGUGUUGGGAGGAAUGUGAAGGCUCGGCUCUCUUGGGCUCGACAAGGCUUAGUGCUGAAAGAUCCAGUAUUCCAUUUCAGUCCUGCUAAGGGGGCGAGCGGGCACGGGGAUAAUUCUUGGGACUUCGGUCCCCCGAGAAUGUGGGGGUUCGUGUGGGGACGUCAGCUGUCUCAGGGUGGAAAUUUUCACAAUCAACACUUGUAACGCUGUCAUCGUUCUCCUGAACCCUUCAGUUGAUACUUUGAGGAAGAAGCCCGCCUGCCCGCCGUUAUGGUGUGAAGGGGGUCUUUGCUCUUUUGCUGAAGAGCCAACCCCAGGAGCCUCUUAAUUCCUGCAGGCGUUCUUCCGGGCCACACCUUGUCCAAGGGGCGAGCGCCAGCCAUUGUCCGGCACAGCAUCCUUUGUGCUCUGCUCUGCUGGGGCAGAAUUGCCAAGCCAGUAGGAGAAAGGAAUUUUGGAGGCCUGAAAAGAGCCUUUCCUUACUCGACGGGAGACCCGUUGUGCCAGUAGCUGGGAUUGUCUUGCUGGCCGUCGAUGGGCUUCCGGGAACUCCACCAGGGCUCUGGUCGGUAUGGGUGUGGGAUCACCCCGGGGGGAGAGGGGGCGAAAUUCCUGAAGGGGAAGCCCGUGGAGAAAAGGCCAAGGACCGAAUUUAUCCUUGCUUUGUAUCUGCUUGGUGUAGUUAACAGCUUGAGUUGUGGAGGGGCUUUAGCGGAGCUGCCCUCUGAUGGAACGCUUUUGUCGUGUGCGGGGCCACGAGUCCGGCGGCUCUUGAGGGUCAUUAAAACUUGCCACUGCUUCGGCCUCCUGGAUUGCCACGGCCACCGGAGGCGGAACCACCGCCAUAGCCCCAGUGGGUGACUUCGCUCCAGCUCCGUCCCAGCCGCAAAGGUUGCCUCGAAUUCUUGUCGGCACCAAAUGUGUCUUCGCACGAAAGCCAUUGGCCACACUCAGCCAGCACCUUAGAGGAGUCAGCCAUGCCUGGGUCUGUCCGAAGGCUGGGGUGAAAGGUGAAGGCAGAAACCGAAAUGCUCCCCUCCGGCCUGGCUGGGGGGCCUGUUGGGCGUUCUUCGGGGCUAGGUCAUCUUCCUUGGGACACAAACUUGACAGCCCCCUCGUCCCUCCAGACCCGCGUAGGGUUUUCCCUGCAGCGUUGCCUCUUUUGAAAGGAGUCACGUCAGCAUGGUUGAAUCUCUGGGUUCUGGGGCAGCUGUUAAUUUCUUGAAGCAAUGUGGGGUGGGGGGGAGAGAGCACCAGAUUUCUUGGGGGUUUCCAGCACAAGAACCCAAUCCCGUCCUGUGUCAUCGCUACCUGUGGCUUGUAAGGGUGGGGUCGGCAGUGGGAGCAGCCAUCCGUUUGUAGCCAUAUUCAAAAACUGUGGGGUGGGUGCACUUUUUGUAGCCAGCAAGUAUGCAGUAGCCGUUCUGAGCAGGAAACCCAAGGGGCUUUCCCGGCGUGGCCCGAAAUGAGGAUACUGCGUCUUUCAGCCAUUUCUCCCGUGUGCUUUGACCGUUUUCACUGUAUCCGCUCCGGUGACGUGUAUCCACAAGUUUGGUGGCGUGAGUCGCGAUGUUAUGCCUCCGUGGUCCCCACACCAUGACUUUUUUGGGAACUAGAGUUCCAACAGGUUUUGCGCCCCCCCCCCCCCAAGCCAGGCUGACACGCUCCCCUAACCCCCUCCCCCCCACGCAUUAUGCUGUUGUUACUCGUCAACUUGCUGGUUUCCCGUUCGAGAUCCAUCCGACCGACCGAGAUGCAACUAUCACGCUAUUUAAGAGAUUAGGAGGACGUAAAAGUGUUUACUGGAGCCAAGCGCGGCCUGGUUCUUUCGGAACCCUUCCCUGCCCCACCCCAAAUAAUUUGUGUUUACUUUUUCUGAUUUAAAAGAGAAACUUAGCUGCAGAUGUCAACCAACCUGAAAUCAGCAGGGAGCACUAGAGUUCUAUUGGUAUUUUCUUUUUCUUUUUUUCUGAGCUGAAAAUCCCAGAUGUUCCUCAAUUUUUUUUUUCUUUUGGUUGAUAUGAUUUAUCAGACCAGAUUAAUGGUGUUAUAUUUUUUUUUGUGUGUGUUGUCUCCCUCCCCCCUUUGAUAAUUUAGUUUUGGGGUUUUUUUCUGCACAUCUGUCUACUAAUAAAAUGUGAAAUAAAGGACACCUGGAUUAGUA